AUGGACGAUAUUUCAUUGAAAAUUAGAAGGGCUCGCAGAGGGAACUUAGUGGUGCUUGAUCUGAGUAAUUCUGGCCUUACUUCUUGGCCAAGUGACCUUCUGAAGAUGAAGCAGAUUGAGGACUUAAAUUUAUCAAAUAAUUCACUUACGAAUAUACCUGAGAAUAUCUCUGAUUUAUCAGCAUUGAAAAAUUUGAAUAUAUCCAACAACUUGAUUGCUUCAAUACCUGUGCAAAUUCUUGAACUCCCCAGUCUUCAGUAUUUCAAUUUAGAUGGAAACCCUAUAAGUCUUGGAAAUCUUAGCCCAGGAAAUAUAGCAAAUUCAUUGUCAACUUAUUUUGCUGACGUAAAACCAGAUAUACAGCAGCAAAGUUUCACACCACAGUUUGAAGAUUUUACGUCAUCAAAAAUAAAUGAAUUUGCUAGCUCUUUUCUCCGCUUUUAUUAUCUAUUAAAAUAAAAAAUUUAUAUAGAAAAAAUGGAAUAAGAAAUUGGAAGAGGAAAAAAAGCAAGUGGAAAUUCUGAAAGGCGCACUGGUAAAAAAUGCUUUUCAAGGAGUUACUGAAGUGGAGUUUAACGAGCUUGAAUUAGGAGAGGUUAUUAGCCAAGGAGGGUUUAGUGUGCUGCAUCGAGGAAUUUGGCGCGGAACUCAAGUAGCUGUGAAAGUUAUUGUAGAUCCAAUUAUAACACCUGAACUAAGAAAUGAAUUUGAAAACGAAGUAGCCAUGCUAAACUAUUUGAGACAUCCUCAUACUGUGCUCCUAAUGUCAGCCUGCAAUAAACCUCCUAAAUUAGCGGUGGUCACUGAGUUUUACGAAGGAGGGACACUCUUUGACUUACUUCAUAGAUCCAGAGAAAAUGUUGACAAUGACCUAAAACUUGCAUUUGCAAGACAAAUAGCACAAACCUUUCAUUUUUAUCAUCUUGGCGGCGUAGUUCAUAGAGAUUUAAAAUCUUUAAAUGUGCUUCUUGAUAGGGACUUCAACAUUAGAAUUUGUGAUUUUGGCUUAGCGAGGUUUAAAAAUGAAUUAAAUAAGGGUACUAUGCAAUUUUCAGGGACCCCAACUUAUAUGGCUCCUGAGUUAUUCAAAAAGCAGGCUUAUGAUGAAAAAGUUGAUGUUUUUGCCUUUGGGACUUUAAUAUGGGAAAUCUAUGCAAGAGAAAUCCCAUAUGAUGGAUUGGAUCCGGGAGAUAUCAAAGAAAAAAUACUAAAUGCCGCCUAUGAAGCAGCUACAACUAGGAAAAAUUUUACUUCUUGACACUUGACAAUAUACCUGAGCAAAAGAUCCCUUUAGCUUUUAUAUUAUAUUUAAAUUUCUGGCUAAUUUUACGAAAUUUUUAAUUUCAAAGAAUUUUUGAAAAAAAAAAAAAAAUUACUUUCUUCCUCAAGAGAGGGAUUAAGAGGUGAGAUUAAACUGGAAAAUCGACCAAACAUACCACGAAAGUUUUUAAACUUAAUUGAUCAAUGUCGCUCGCCAAACCCAGGGUCCCGACCAUCUUUUCAAGAAAUUAUAGCAGAACUUUAA